AGGCUGUGGAUGCUUAUACAUCUGUCUGUUCCCUGAUAUGAAUCAAUCGUUUGUCACGUGCGGUGGUCGGCAGCCACCAAGACAGCCCGCCCCUCUUCUUGAGCUCUAUCUUCACACCCAUCCCGCCGCACACACCACCAGCACGCCCACCCUCUCUCCCCGGCACUGCGCCCCUGUCAUCGCCAUCGUCAUCGCCAGUCUGUGUCCCGUCAUGUCUCGUCGGCUCUCUCCUGGCCUUCAUGUACGCGUCCGCCUCAGCCUCAAAUCUCGCCAUGGAUGUGUUGAUGUCUCUGAGUUCCUUCCAGAGGGCCGCGUGGAGCCCGGGGGUCAUCUGCUGCGGUGCCUGUGGAUGUGGGUGCGGCUGUGUCUGGACGGCAGAGUCGGCCUGUGGUGGUGGCGGGGCUGGGCCUGUGUCUCUUCUGUAGACAUGGACAGGCUGAUGUGUUUGUGGAGGUAUGUCGCUGGGGUGGGGGUUUGUGUCGCGGAGGAUGGCCUGGGGGGACUGUUGCUGCUCGUACCACACGCUGACAAAUCAGCAUAUGGAUGGACAGAUUAUAAGGAGCACCAGCUGGAGGUUUCUGUCUUUUUCCAUGUGUCUCUCACCUUUGCGGCACCUCAGCAGCAGCAGCGGCUUGGUCAAUGGUCUCGGUCUCUGCCGUGGACUGCUCCCGCCCAUCCAGCAGCUGCACCCUUGUUCCGCCACGUCUCACUAUCUCGCCAACCUGCACAAGUAACCAACCAUACAUCCCGGAGAUAGCAAUCAAGGAUGAGGUUUGGUUUCUCACCUUCUGCGCCCUUGCCCGGCCCCUCCCUCCCUGCACGUUCUUGAUGCUGGGUGCGGGGCUCCUGGUGCGGACCGAUCCAGAGACAGAAGUGACGGGGGACGUGGGGCGACUGCGAUUCAUGUACAGCUGCUGCUGCCGCUCCCUCCUCGCCGCCUCACACGCAUCCUUAUGAACCUGACACACACGUCAACACAGACACACACAGACACACACACACACGGGCAGGCAGCAGGUAAGCACACACACAUCCAGGCAUGUCGAGACCCUUAGUCAUCCCCGGACGGACCGACCUGCAUACGGUAGAAGUUAUCGAUGUCCCGCUCGAUGGAUGCCCGUGAGACAGGCCGAUAUGCGACAGAGGGCGAGAUAGAGACAGACCGGCAGGAAGGGGUGGAAGGGCGGCUGUUGCUGCUGGUGUGGGGAGGAGUGGGAUUCCGUUUGGUGUCCAGCCGAGUGUACACAAAGGGAGGCCGGGGGGGUGCCGGCUCCCCGACCUGCUGGUGCUUGACACGAGCCUUACGAGCUGGCACACUCCCCUGCUGCCUCUGGUCCGCGCCUUUCUCCCUCCUCGGGGGCGGCCUGAUAUCCCGCAUAGACGAGAAUGGCGUCAGGUUGUAUCUUGGAGGCGGGAGAGGGGAACCAGCACCAAGACUUGAGUCCCUCUCCCCCUCCCGCUCCCUCUGGUGUGUCCAUGAGUCGCAGGACCAGUCGGCUUCCCAGGGCGAGAGAGGCUCAUCGGCAGCUGACUCAUGACGAGACGCAUCCCUGCACCAGUCUCGCAGGCGGCUCUCCGGCGGGGCGAACACACGUGGCUUGGACUCUGCUAUCUGCUCCAUGUGGCUGAUGUUGUCAGCCCGUGGGAAGGCCACUUGAGGAGCCGAUGCAGCGAUAGGGUAGAACAGACGCCGGCCUUGCGCCGCUGAGGAGACACCGAACCAUACUUGCCAGUCACUGUUGCUUCCCAUGCCUUUCUUUCUAGUACCUGGCUCAACGGGGGCUUGUGAGGCCGCCGGGCCCUCUCUAUUCCCUCCAUACCACAGAUGCCGUCUCCAGGGCACCCGAACCUCCAUCUCGUCAUCUCCCGUCUCCUCUGCCUCGAUGCUCUCACUGACACUGCGCCUCUCUCCCUUGCACCCAAUCGGAGACCCACGGACGAGCACGCCCCCGUCAAAGAAGCGAGUCGGUGUGCUGCUGCGGGAGGGUCGCGGCGGCAGGCUGGUGGGCACCGGGACACAAUUGUCCGUGUCCUCUUCAUCAGCCUCGAUGGAGUGCACCCGAACCAGCCUUCCUCCUCUGCCUUUGUGGGUGGCCUUGACGGUGCGAUUAUUAUCAUAUGGGGCGUGGGGCAGGGGAGGCGUGCGGCUGUGCACACGAUAGAGGCGGUUCUCCACCUUCUGAAUGUACGGCUGCCUCACUCUCCGCCCAACCGGCCCCACUUCAACCGCAGCUCGGCGGCCAUUGCUGCCUUGCGGACCGGGUGCCGGCGGAUGGUGCUGUCUGGCAAUGGGGGGCCUGACAAAAACACCCUGAGGUGCCGCUGAGCCCUGCAGAGUAAUUGUUCCACAGGGGAGCGGGUGGCGGGACAGCACCGGCGGCGGCGUGAGGCAUCUCAGUGAAGCCGACGCGUUGAGAGAAGAAGGAGGCUGAUGAUGGGGAUCCCAUUUCCACAGCACUGUUGAAGUGGCAGGCGGACCAGCCACAGUGACAGUGCACCGCUCUCUGGGACAAGCCGCCUGCUGAUUCUGAGUUCCGCUCAUGUCACUGACGGAGCUGACACCGAUUGUGUGCAGAGGUGGAGGGGGCCCACGCCAUUGUGUGAGUGCUGGGUGAUGAGGUGGAGGCGUAACCGCCCGAGGAGCUCCGUGGGGCAACAUUGUC